UAAACUCGAGCUAAACCUGCAUUUAUUAGUUCAAAAUGAUCGCAAUAACUUUAAUUAUACUAUUUGCACCACACAUUCUUUCUUUAGAAUCAGUAUCUUAUUCUGACCAAGAAUUACCAAAAACGCAACAUCCCGACGUUGGGUUAAAUGUGCUCGAAUUAAUAGAAAAAUAUAAUUAUCCUGUUGAAAGACAUAGGGAUAUCCAAACAGAUGAUGGGUAUCUUUUAGAAAUCCACAGAAUUCCUUAUGGGUUAAAAAAUGGUCCCGCAGAAAAUAAACCUGUUAUUUUUUUGAUGCAUGGUCUUUUAAGCUCAUCGGCAGAUUGGAUUAAUAUGGGUCCAGAAAAAAGUUUAGGAUUUCUUUUAGCCGAUAUGGGGUACGACGUGUGGAUGGGAAACGCAAGAGGCAACACUUGGUCGCGAAAACACGUCUCAUUAAACCCUGAUGGUUUUUUUGAUCAAAGAAAGUUUUGGGCAUUUUCAUGGAAUGAAAUUGGAAUGUAUGAUUUACCAGCAAUGAUAGAUUAUAUUUUGGAAGUAACAAACCAAAAUAGUUUAUACUACAUUGGUCAUUCCCAAGGAACAACAUCCUUUUUUGUUAUGGGCUCCGAAAGACCUGAAUACAACAAAAAAAUUCGACUUAUGGUAGCUUUAGCUCCCGUUGCGUACAUGUCUCACGCCACAAAUCCAUUUUUGCAAGUUUUAUCACCAUUAGAGGGAGUUUUAGAGGUUCUAGCUGGUUUAAUAGGAAUCUAUGAAUUUAUGCCGAGUCAACAAGGUUUAGAAACAAUAGGUUCAAUUUUUUGCAGGGAUGGUGCUAUAUUUCAAGAGAUGUGCGCUGGAAUUAUCUUCUUAAUAGGAGGGUUUGAUUCUCAACAAUUAAACAGAACGCUUAUUCCUGUUAUGAUGAGCAACACUCCCGCGGGGGCUUCGGUUAAACAAUUCGUUCACUACGCCCAAGGAGUUACAACUUUUCAAUUUAGAAAAUACGAUUUUGGUUUGGUCGAAAAUUUGGUUAAAUAUGGUUCAAGAAAACCUCCAAGUUAUGGUCUCAAUAAUAUCGAAGCACCUGUUGCGUUGUUUUAUGGCAAAAACGACUGGUUAGCUAGCGUGGUUGAUGUUGAAAAGCUGGCUAAAAAACUUCCUAAUGUAGUAAAACAAUAUUUGGUGCCUUUUGAUAAGUUUAAUCAUUUGGACUUUUUAUGGGCAAUUGAUGUUGUUCCAUUAUUAUACGAGUCAGUAUUUGAUUUACUUGCACAAUAUUAAUUUAUUAUAAUGUUUAUUUAUUAUAUGUAUUUAAUUCAAUAAAAAAAUAUCUUAGAA